GAUUGUGCUCCGGGAAGAGUUGGCCGCUUUUGCUCCAUGCGCGCACUAUCCUGAUCCUGCAGUCGUUACCUACUCUACAAUCUCAACGCAACAAGUGCUGAUCUCCAACUCGCCAUCAUGUGGGGUUCCUUUUCGUUGGCCUAUUCAUGCUGGGUGCAUUCGAAGCAUUUCCAACUGAUUCGAAUAAGCAAUAUUUGCAGUCGCAACUAAGCAAAUACGGAUUUGAGCAUUCAGUGGUAGGAAUGCCCAAUUUUGACUCCUUACUUACAUUGGACGCCGUUUCCGCGUUAAUAGCAAAAAGAAAUCAAAGGAAAGCGGAUCAUCUGAAGAAACAACAACACCGUCGUGGAUCUUUUGAUUCAUUGCUGGCCGGAAAUGGUUUCGGCAGGAGCGCACGCAGUGACCCAACGCUGUUUCCUGAUACACGAAACCUUCAAAAUCGUCAAUCUGCCGAGAUAGAAGAAAAAAUAAACCGAGAUUUGCUGGAGGCGUUAAUCAGUUGCAUGAAUGCGGGAGAACGCGAGCAUAACCACCUGCCAAGAGUACAUCAAGCCGGUGAAGCAAAACAGCCUCUCGGCGCGAUAAACCGCGAAGGUGGCGGUGGCAACCCGAAUACGAUUCAUUUCUGAGCAAUGCAAUCGCGCUCGACGGCGGGACAGUCGGGCGUGUUGAGUAUCAAUCACCGCCGCUGGCGUUUCUGCAUAGGCGCUACGUGAACUCAACGGUCAAAUAAACGCAACUACGCACUUUAUUCCAGUCGAUGUAAUUCGCUGACUAAUUGUAGAUUCUGUAUUAGAAAUGAUUAGAAAAAUAAAAACUUGAAGCUUGAAA